AUGUCUUCAAGACAGCAGAUUACGCCGUCUAAUGACAGCAGCCGUAAUUCUUCUUCAAAAAUACCUCGUGAGUUUUUACUUUGUCAGGGGUUUUUAAAGAAUAAUAAGGAGAUUGAUUUGCGCAAUUCCCUUGUCCUAGGCCUGUUGCGUCAGAACUCUAAGCUUGAGUCCUCUUCAGGCAAUGAACCGGUCUACGUGGAUGCCGUGGACGCUGUUACCGGUGAACAUAAAAGGAUAAUGUACAACAACUCCAGGGUUAUUGGCAGUGGUUCCUUUGGAAUGGUAUUUGUAGCUCUACUAGACGGCGAACGCGAAGUUGCGAUCAAAAAGGUCCUACAAGAUAAGCGCUACAAGAAUCGCGAACUUCAGAUACUUCGUGAACUCAGGCAUCCAAACAUUGUUUCACUUCUCUACUAUUUCUACUCCGUUGCAGCAUCUAAACCUAAGGAUAACUAUCUCAAUCUCGUUCAAGAAUACGUUCCUCAGGCUCUCAGUCGUGUUGUCAAGCACUACUGGCACGUUCGACAAUCCAUUCCCAUGAAUUAUGUCAAGCUUUACGGCUUCCAGAUGAUCCGUGGCCUGGCUUACGUGCAUAGCAAAAAUAUAUGCCAUCGAGAUAUCAAACCCCAAAACCUUCUAGUCAAUCCAGAAACUGGAGUCUUGAAAAUUUGUGACUUUGGAAGUACAAAAGUGCUGGUUCCAGGCGAACCAAAUGUCUCCUACAUUUGUUCACGCUACUAUCGGGCACCGGAGCUGAUUUUUGGAGCCACCCAAUACACUGUGAGGAUAGACAUGUGGUCGGCUGGUUGCGUGAUUGGUGAACUGCUGCUUGGACGUCCACUAUUUCCGGGCGACUCGGGUGUGGAUCAACUGGUGGAGAUUAUCAAAGUUCUGGGCACGCCAACUUUUGAUCAAGUGAAGGAAAUGAAUCCACACUACAGCACAUUCGUCUUCCCCGGGAUAAAGUCCUGCCCGUGGGAGAAGCUUAUCACAAAUCGUUCACAAUGCGAAGAUGCCUUCGAUCUUCUGCGCGCCCUCCUGGUCUACAGUCCGUCUCAACGUCAGGCUGCUGCUGAUGCGAUGGCCUCACCAUUUUUCCAACAAGUUUUCGCUCUUUCCUCCUCCUCCUCCUCCCCCCUUCCCAACCAUCCAUCAGAGUCCGCCUUGACUGGACUUCAACCCAUUGAGCCCUUCAGUGAAGAAGAAUUGGCUUACCUUCCUGCCACCGUGGUGGAGACCAUUCGACGCUCAGGUCUGACGCUCCCCUCCAAUAACCACUCCACUAUCUCCCCUCCACCUCCAAGUGUUGCAGCUCCCACCGCCAGCACAUCCACAAGUCGAUGCAGUCGCCGUGGCUCCUCAACCUAA